UUCGUGACGUAGGUCACAAACAAAAUGGCUGCCUCCAAGAGCGCAACAAGCGCAAGUACUAGUAUUUCAAAAGCGGAAUAUUUAAAGCGCUAUUUAUCAAACGAUGAAGAUGGCAAGAAGUCAAAAGAGAAGAAAGCUAAGAAAAAACGCCCUAAACUCGCCGGAAGAGGGAUGAAAAUAGUUGAUGAUGACAUUGACUGGAGGGAACUGGCUGUGAACAGGGAGAAGGAGAACAAGGAUGAAGAUGAUGAGGAGGAGGCGCCUGUAAUUGCAGAAAUAAUAGAUGAGCGUCCAGACGAAGUCAAGCAACUUGAAGUCUUUAGAACUAGUAAUAAGUGGAAAGUUCUGGGAGCCACAAAUGACGAAUCUCAAGAGGACCCGCAGUCAGGAACAAGCUCAGAUGGCAAGGGGAGUAGAAAAACUCGACACGAUUCUCCUGGUGGUUCUCCAGAAUGGAGAGGACGCCACGAUUCUCCGGAUCUCCCGCCCAAGAGGACGACUCGCCACGAUUCUCCGGAUCUCUCGCCCAAGAGGACAACUCACCACGAUUCUCCGGAUCUCUCGCCCAAAAGGACGACUCGCCACGAUUCUCCGGAUCUCUCGCCCAAGAGGACGACUCGCCACGAUUCUCCGGAUCUCUCGCCCAAAAGGACGACUCGCCACGAUUCUCCUGAUCUCUCGCCCAAAAGGACGACUCGCCACGAUUCUCCUGAUCUCUCGCCCAAGAGGACGACUCGCCACGAUUCUCCUGAUCUCUCGCCCAAGAGGACGACUCGCCACGAUUCUCCCAAUCUCUCACCCAAGAGAAAGUCACGCUUCGAUUCUCCAUACCUUUCACCUCCCAGACACAGAACAGACACCAAACACAGACGGCAUGACUCCUCUUCACCUUCUCCUCCACGAAAAACACAAAAACACCAUCAUAAAGAUUCUCCACAGAGAGAAAAGUCCAAAUCCUCUUCAGCUAGACGUGUGCCAGACUUAGACCUGUCCCCACCAAGAAGACGCCCGAACACCAGACGGGACUCAGACUCUGAUCUGUCUCCCCCCAGGAAAAGAGUGCAGGGAGGAAAGGGGUCUGAUUCUGACCUGUCUCCUCCCAGGAAGAGGCCACAGAAGAAGCAUGGAUCAGACUCUGAUCUCUCUCCUCCUCGUAGACCUCGUGCUCCUGAUGUACAGACGGGGCCUCAAAUGUUAUCUGGUGGAGCUGCUGGUCUGGUGUCUUCUGAAACCCUGAAGAAAGAGCAGGAGGAAAUGCGCAGAAGAGAAAAACACAACCGCCCGCUAGAAGAGGAGUCCCGUCAUGCACAGACUAUUUUUAGAGAUAAAACAGGAAAGAAGCGUGACCUGGAGUCCGAGCGUGCCGAGCAGAGCAGGAAAGCAGGGGAGAAGGCAGAAAAGGAUGAGAAAUAUGCGCAGUGGGGCAAAGGACUGGUACAGAGUCAGAUGCAGCAGCAGAACGUGGUCGAUGCACUCAGAGAGGCUCAGAAGCCGCUGGCUCGUCACAUUGACGAUGAAGACCUGGACAAGAUGCUGCGAGAGCAGGAGAGAGACGGAGACCCAAUGGCUGCUCUUCUGCGCAAGAAGAAGGAUAAGAAUGCAAAAACCAAAGGAAUCAAAGAGAGACCUCGUUACCAGGGUCCACCUCCACCCCCAAAUCGCUUCAACAUCAUGCCGGGAUAUCGCUGGGAUGGAGUAGACAGGUCCAAUGGGUUUGAGCAGAAGCGCUUCACCAGAAUAGCAGAUAAGAAAGCAGUGCAAGAGGAAGCAUACAAAUGGAGUGUGGAGGACAUGUAGAUGCACAUCAGGAUGUGAGAGUGUGUGAGUGUGUGUAAGCAUGUGUGUUGUUCUAAUUCACCAGCAUGGACCAGGUUGUCUGAAUGGACCGUCUGAUGAAAAUGCCUUUAGUGUUAUCAACCAAGAUGAUCGACCAAACUACAUGCAGUGCAUUUUGUGAGGACUUCAGCAGUUGUAUGUGUGUAUCUGGUUUAUUUUGUGGGGUUUAUUAAAAUGUUGUGUUUUCUUAACGUCA